UCAGAAGAGAGAAUCAGAAGAAGAAAACAGAGCUGUGUGCAGACAGGAAAUAGUUACAAAAAUAAAAGCAGAGGGCUGGCCCUGACUCCCGGCCUGAUAAAGACCAGCGUCCGGUGGCUGACGACUCACAGAGCGGACAUGGACCCCUACAGAGUGCUGACUGUGUUUCUGUCGCUGUGGAGCUCAGUGGUGCCUGCUGAUGUCAGGUUGGUUGGAGGAGCCAGCCGCUGUGCUGGUAGCCUGGAGCAGAGACACCAGGGGGACUGGAGACCAGUGGUUGACCAGUACAACUGGAACCUGACGUCUGCGGCUGCCGUGUGCCAACAGCUCGACUGCGGUUCUGUUGUUUCAUUACGGAGAACCCAGCAUUCCUCCAUACCUAUGUUUGUUUCUGAAUUUGGCCUUAUGCCGAUCAGUAUGGUGUCCGAUGAGUUAAUCCUUGAGAUCACCUGUUCAGACUCUGUCAGGCUGCUAGACGGAACCAGUCUUUGUUCAGGCAGACUGGAGGUGAAGUCUGACCAGUCCAACCAGUCGUGGUCCUCAGUGUGUAAAGAAGACUUUGACCUGCGGGAUGCAGAGGUGGUCUGCAGGGAGCUCGGCUGUGGGGCUCCUUCAGCCCUCCAGGGGGCGCUGGAUGGAGGAGAGAAGGCGCCAAUGUGGACCAGAGAGUUCCAGUGUAAAGGAGAUGAAUCCGCUCUCCUGGACUGCGACAGCUCAGUUAGAAACACCUGCUCGUCUGGAAAAGUUGUUGGACUCACCUGUUUAGAUCCCAGUGGUUUGCGGUUGGUCGGAGGAGCCAGCCGGUGCAGUGGCACUCUAGAGAUGAACAAACUAGGCGAAUGGAAACCAUUGGAUGAGAGGGACUGGGACCUGAGGGUAGCAGGUAUAGCGUGUGGACUGUUGGACUGUGGCUCUCCUGUUUCAACCACAAGAAGAAUGAAUCCUGCAAAGACAAAUGUUUGGGCAGCCGGAUCUAACUGUGCGUCUUCACUGAUGGACUGUUUUGAUAGACCUACAUUUUCCCAUGGCAGCCUGGAGAUAACCUGCUCAGACUCUGUCAGGCUGCUGAAUGGGACCAACCUGUGUUCAGGCAGACUGGAGGUGAAGUCCAACCAGCUGUGGUCCUCGGUGUGUGAGGAUGACUUCGACCAGCAGGGGGCGGAGGUGGUCUGCAAGGAGCUUGGCUGUGGGGCUCCUUCAGUCUUCAAGGGGGGACUCUACAGGGAGGUGGAGGCUCCGGUGUGGGUGAGGGAGCUCCCCUGUGGCGGCGAUGAGUCGGCUCUGCUGGACUGCUUGAAGUCGGGGUCGGCCAGAAGCACCUGCUCACCUGGGAAAGCUGUUGGACUCACCUGCUCAGACCCCAAUGAUGUCAGGUUGGUGGGGGGGACAAGCCGUUGCACUGGCAUACUGGAGCUGAAGCACCGUGGAGAGUGGAAAUCUGUGGUUAACGCAGACUUUAGGUGGGACCUGAAGGUAGCGGCUGCGAUGUGUGGACGGCUGGACUGUGGUUCAGUUGUUUCAGCAGCAAAGAGAACAGAGUCCUCAGAAAGACCUGUGUGGUGGAUCAACUCUCCCUGUGUUCAGUCUGAAUCCACACUGAAGGAAUGUGUGACAAUGAAGGAUCAACUCAGUGAAUAUAGCCUGGAAAUCACCUGCUCAGACUCUGUCAGGCUGCUGAACGGGACCAGUCUGUGUUCAGGCAGACUGGAGGUGAAGUCCAACCAGUCGUGGUCCUCGGUGUGUGAAGAAGACUUUGACCUGCGGGAUGCAGAGGUGGUCUGCAGGGAGCUCGGCUGUGGGGCUCCUUUAGUCCUCCAGGGGGCGCUGUAUGGAGGAGAGAAGGCUCCAAUGUGGACCAGAGAGUUCCAGUGUGAAGGCAAUGAGUCUGCUCUCCGGGACUGCGACAGGUCCGGCUCAGCUAGAGGAGGCCCCUGCUCACCUGGCAGAGCUGUCGGACUCACCUGCUCAGAUCCAGACUACAUCAGGUUGGUGGGAGAGGCCAGCCGCUGCGCUGGCACACUGGAGCUGAAGAACCAGGGAGAGUGGAGACCAGUGGCGGUCUGGGAUUCUCAGUGGGACCAGAGCUCUGCAGCGGCAGCGUGUGGACUGCUGGACUGUGGUUCCGCUGUUUCAACAGAGAUAACAGACGAUGCUUCAGACAGACUUGUGUGGUGGAUCAGGUCUUCCUGUGUCCAGGCAGCAGCUACACUGUUGGAGUGUGUAACACUGACUAAUGUUCCUGAAACCUACACUGGCCUUAACGUGACAUGCUCAGAUUUGCUGGCUCAUCCAAACAUCUCCCUCUCUCCCUCCACUGAUGGGGUCUCCAAGGCCAAGUGGCAGGGGCUUCAGGUGCUCAUGGGCUCCAACUUCACCAUCACAUGCUCCGUCGAACCGCAGUACCAAGAAGGUUCCUUCCAGCUCGUCUUCGCCUCCUCCGACGCAGCACAGAACUACACGCUGCCAGCUGUCAAUCACUCUGCUCACUUCCUGUUCCCAGCUGCAGACCACGCCCACCAGGGCGACUACCGCUGCGUUUAUCACGUCUAUGUUUUCUCCCAUAACUUCUCUUCUGAGAGCCAGACGCUCUAUCUCGCUGUUGGAGCCUCUGUAACAGAGUUGAUCAUCAGACUUGUGGUCCUCCUGCUGGGGCUAAUGUUACUCAUCAUCGCCCUCUGCUGCCACUCUGAGGCGUGCAGAAGAAGGUGGAGAUGAAGGAUUGUGUUCUUGGUGGUUCCAGUUCUGACGGAGGAGGAGAGAGACUCCGACGGUGCUUGUUUCACAUUCAGAUGGAAAACUAGUGGAAAUAGUGAAAAGAUUUUAGGCAGCUUUUCCCUUAAAACUCAAUGUGUGAGGGCCCUGAUCCUAUUUACACGUAUCCAUGUAAAGAUCUGAGCAUUACUGAGCUUCAGACUGUUUUGUGUCGUUACAGGUGAAACUGACCUGGGUAUGAGCAGAGGUCAGGGUUAGCCUUUACUGGCCUCUCCAGUUACUAUCACUUUAAUUUUUAUAAUAUUGUGGUUAAUUUAUUGGUUGAUGACUUUUUAUGUGUUAACUUUACAUAUUUAUUUUACUUUAAAUACUGUGACUCAGAGGUGGAAAGCAGUGCCUGAACUGGACCCAAAAAAAGGUGCGUUUUUAAGUAUUUUAACAAGGACAUUGUCUGUUAACGCUCAGUGUUGUUAGAUAAAGAUAGAUAGAUAUGGUUAUGUGCCUCCUUGGUCGACUCACCAGGAGGUGGGGAUAAGAAGUAAGCAGGGUUUGAGUUAUAAUCUGAGCUCUGUGGGGUCUCUAAGAUAACUAACCCUCUGCUGGCUGCAGAGCCAGAUGCAGAUACACUAAUGUAAAAUAAUGAUAAUAAUAAUAACCGUUUCUGGUUUGCAGACAUUGCUGAGCUGCUGUAAAAGCGUCUGUGUUUGCUUUCUGCACUGUUAACCCUCCUGUGUAAUGUGAAGUUAUUACAUUAAAUUUUUUACAUCCCUCAAGGUUUGUACAUGAGGACUGUGAACAUAUUUUAGAGAAAAUAAAAAUAAAACAUGGAUG